AUGGCCAAGACCAUACUGGUCACCGGCGGGGCCGGUUAUAUCGGCAGCCACACCGUGCUUCAGCUUCUGCUCGGCGGCUUUAAGACCGUCGUCGUUGAUAACCUUGAUAACUCCUCCGAAGUCGCCGUCAACCGUGUCAGAGAACUCGCGCGUGAAUUCGGCAAAAACCUCUCCUUUCACAAGGUGGACCUCCGGGACAAACCAGCACUGGAUAAACUCUUUUCUUCAAUACCAUUUGAUGCUGUCAUACACUUUGCUGGACUCAAAGCAGUUGGUGAAAGUGUGCAGAAACCAUUGCUGUAUUAUAACAACAAUUUAAUCGGGACGAUUACUUUGUUGGAAGUAAUGGCUGCCCAUGGAUGCAAAAAGCUUGUGUUCUCAUCGUCAGCAACUGUUUAUGGUUGGCCGAAGGUGGUCCCAUGUACAGAAGAUUUCCCACUUGUUGCAGCGAAUCCAUAUGGACGAACUAAGCUUUUCAUUGAAGAAAUUGCUCGUGAUAUUUACCGCUCAGACUCUGAUUGGAAAAUCAUAUUGCUGAGAUACUUCAAUCCAGUUGGUGCACAUCCUAGCGGUCAUAUUGGUGAGGAUCCCCGUGGUAUCCCAAACAAUCUCAUGCCAUUUGUGCAGCAAGUUGCUGUUGGCAGGCGUCAAGCCCUGACGGUGUUUGGAACUGACUAUAAUACCAAGGAUGGUACUGGGGUUCGUGAUUAUAUUCAUGUAGUUGAUUUAGCAGAUGGGCACAUUGCUGCCUUGCACAAGUUAGAUGAGGAUAAGAUAGGUUGCGAGGUGUACAAUUUAGGAACAGGUAAAGGAACAUCGGUCUUGGAGAUGGUUGCAGCAUUUGAAAGUGCAUCUGGAAAGAAAAUUCCUCUUGUCACAUCUGGGAGGCGUCCCGGUGAUGCAGAAGUUGUCUAUGCAUCAACAGAAAAGGCAGAGAGGGAACUCAACUGGAAGGCGCAAUAUAGCAUUGAUGACAUGUGCCGGGACCAGUGGAACUGGGCUAGCAAAAAUCCAUUUGGCUAUGAUACCUCAGAAUCUACCAAGUGA